AUGAGGCUCGGGCUGCGCGGCCGGCCCAGGAGACUCCCGGCUCCCUGCCCGCCCGCGGGUAUUUUGGAGCCCGCGUGGUCUCGCCUCAUUGGCUGCCGCGGGGCCGAAAGGAGAAGCAGCCUCCGCCCACUAGCUCCCGAACUGCCGCGCGGCGCCGCGGGGCCGCCGGGACCACAACUCCCAGAAGGCCGCGCGCUGGGGGCGUGGCCGCGGCCGAGGACGCGGGGGGCGGAGCCGCCGGGGCAUGAAGCGGGGGCGCGCGGCGCUCCUACCUCAGUCGCCGCUGCCGGGUGCCCGAGAGCGUCCCCUGUCUCCCACCGGCGCGCAGACCUCCGCCCCUGGAGGCGCUCCGCCGCCCGCCACCGUCCUCGGGGGUCGUCGCCCGGCAGCUCGCCUCGACGGGCCCGGCCGGCCGCGGCCGGGGAGGACAACAUGAGUCGGGGGGCCCGCCGGGCAGGCGCCGGGCAGGGGGCGGCGGCCGCGGUGCAGCUGCUGGUUUCCCUCAGCUUCCUGCCGCGCGUCGUCGAGGCCCAGGUGGUUGGAGUUCUGGACGAUUGCCUAUGUGAUAUUACCAGCAUUGACAAUUUCAAUACCUACAAAAUCUUCCCCAAAAUAAAACAAUUGCAAGAGCGAGACUAUUUUCGUUAUUACAAGGAAAGUGGAAUGCAGCCUUGCCAAGGUGGAUCUCUUCAGCUGAGGUUGUCUGCCUUCAACAUUUCCAGAAGCUAGGUGAACUGAGAAGGGACCAGCACAUCAGGAGAUGUCUGACCAAAACCAAAGCACUAUUCCUGAGGCAGGAAAACUUGGAACAGUGAAGGCACCAAAAAACUUCAGAGAGGGUAGAGGGAACAAAUCUCCACCUUCUCUGAGAAGUAGGAGGGGACCAAGCAUGGGUUGCCCCUCCCGUACCUUUCCAUUUGCUAUGAAAAUGCUUGCUCUGCCCAUGAAUAAAAGCAAUAACAAGUUUAAUGUUCAUGAUUAGCUGUAUAAACAUAAUCACCUGGGUGCCUGUAAGAACUAUGCACAUUGUUAAAUAUGCUGGGCUUUUCUUACAAGUGUCGUUCAACUUCCAAUAUACACUCAGCCCAUGGGUUCUUGGUGUUCAAAACUUUUUGCCCACAUAGACAGACUUCUUAACUGCUUUACAGAAUUACAGUAAACAUUAGAAACCAGUGUGGGUAGGAGGGCGCAGGUUUUAAAGCAGAGAAGCCAGUCUUAGAUGAAGAUUUUUGGAGAAGUAGAAUUUGAGAUAGUAAGAUGGAGUUAAGGCCCUGGGCUGGUAGUGUGCU